AUGUUUUUUAUUUUUUUAUUACUAUGUGCUGUCAAAAAAAAAUUAUGUGUCUAAUUAGAACAUAGAUUAAGGAGAUAAAUAUAGAAACCACAAAUAUUUAGAACAUACAUUAGCAUAGUAUUCAAUGUCACAUUAAAGUUUUUGUUGUAUUAUUAUGAGAACAUAUAUAUUUUAUGGGAAGUUGAUUAUUAUGUUAUAUACUUUUAUCUCUUUAGAAUCUGUUUGUGCACAGAAUAUAAAGAUAUGAUAAAUUUAUUGUAUUUUAUUUAAAUUCCUUAUUUGAUACAUUAACAUGAAAAAACAAACUUAACCUAUUAUGAAUUCUAUUUUAUUGACUCUUCUCCUACCUCCGAGCACUUCUUAGUUCAGGUAACUUUCAUCGAUUUGCAUAGUUUUUUGUCUUAUAGUAUUUUACUCAGUAAUAUAUUAGUGUAUGUUUGAUAUCACAAUUCAUGGAAUGAAGUCAUAAUAACAAUAAUUUGCAUGAAACCAUAAAACCAAACAAUAAUUUAUUAGGGUCUAGUACCUCUCCUAUUUCAAUUUUAUUUUGUUGACAAAAGUAGUACAUCUAUCUAUCCUAUUGUUUCUUAGCCUUUUUCUGUUUAUCAUCAUCAUCAUAAAAAUAACAGUGAUAAUAAUAAUAAAAUUAAAAACAAAAUAAUAAUGUAAUUUCGAUGAGAUUGGGCUCCCCUCCUUAACAUUCUCUUAUUAUUACACGGAUACCAAUGAACAGUUAACCGCCGUUUAGUUCUGUUAGUUCUUCCGAUCAAUUUCCCUCCAUCUUAACAUCAGAUCAACGGUUUCGCGCUCAAACAUGGCCCACAAAGCCACAACAAUCCAAUAACCCCAUUCCACGUCAUCGCCGAUUAGUGGACCCCACUGAAAAAGAGCGCGUCGGGUGCUCAGCCUUCGGUUACGGAAAGACAGUCCCUGCAAACGGCGUCUCUUUUAUUUACUUUGCCUCCAUCAAAUCAUCACUACCACUAUACACCAUAACACCACAACCCCACAACAGCAACAACACACACUAACACACACAAAUAAUAACAAACAAAGAAAAAGAAUAUGUGAGAGUGUAAUAAUAAUAAUAAGAAGAAGAAGUAGCUAUCUAUCUUCAUUCUUCACACACAGUGUGCUUUGUCUUUGUUCACUCACUUUACUUACCCUUUCAUUUUUCUCUCUCUUUAAUUUUAUUUUUAUAUUUUCGGUUACCAAUUAUUAUUAUUAUUAUUCAUAUUUUUACUAAAAAUGCGUGUUACCAAAUUAAGAUCUGUGUGAAAUAUUUGUGUUUGUGAAAGAAACAAUGGGAAGUGUUUCGUCGGAAGAAGAAGUUUCGGAGCGUUGUGGAAGUUAUAGUCUGAGUGCUGACAUCAGCGAAUCGGAGAGUUGUAGUAGUUUUUGCGGUCGUCGUUUUGAUGCCGAAGGAGCUUCAAGUUCCGCUAAUCUCUCGCCACGUCAGCUCGCCGCUCAUUUUAACCUACCGACGGCGGCGCAGGUCAUGCUUCCGGUUAUCGGUGGUAAAGAUGUUGCCGUUUGGGAUCAUAAACGUGAUCUGGAUUUGUCCGAAGUUGAAAUGAUGAAGGAACGGUUCGCUAAGCUGCUUUUAGGGGAAGACAUGUCUGGCGGUGGAAAGGGGGUUUGCACUGCGCUUGCAAUUUCUAACGCAAUCACGAAUCUCUCCGCGACAGUGUUUGGCGAGUUAUGGAGGUUAGAGCCACUAGCGCCACAGAAAAAAGCAAUGUGGCGAAGAGAAAUGGACUGGCUACUAUGUGUGAGUGAUUCGAUUGUCGAGUUGGUUCCUUCUGUGCAGCAGUUUCCAGGUGGUGGGACCUAUGAAGUGAUGGCAACACGGCCUCGUUCUGAUUUGCACAUCAACCUUCCUGCUUUGAAGAAGCUUGAUGGAAUGCUGCUAAGUAUGCUGGAUGGAUUUUGUGAUACACAGUUUUGGUAUGUUGAUAGAGGAAUUGUGUUGGGUGAUUCUAAGGAUUGUGAUGAGUGUGAUAGACCUUCUGUUAGGCAAGAAGAGAAAUGGUGGCUUCCUUCUCCCAAGCUUCCGCCAAAUGGGUUGUGUGAGGAUGAUAGGAAAAGGUUGCAGCAGUGUAGGGAUUGCACUAACCAGAUACUAAAGGCUGCCAUGGCAAUUAAUAGUUCUGUUCUUGCUGAAAUGGAAAUUCCUGCUGCCUAUGUUGAAUCCUUGCCCAGGAAUGGUAAGGCUUGUCUAGGAGAUAUAAUAUAUCGGUACAUAACUGCUACCCAGUUCUCGUCUGAAUGUCUCCUAGAUUGCCUGGAUCUAUCAUCUGAGCACCACACACAGGAUAUAGCUAAUAGAAUUGAAGCUGCUAUACAUGUAUGGAGAUUGAAAGACAAUAAGAAAGUUAAAAAUUCGGUGAAAGCCCGAAGGUCUUGGGGUGGAAAAGUAAAAAACCUUGUUGCUGACGGUGAUAAGAACCAUUUUCUUGCCCAACGGGCAGAGACACUACUGCAAAACUUGAAACAUCGAUUUCCUGGGCUCCCUCAAACAGCACUAGAUAUGGCCAAGAUACAAUAUAAUAAGGAUGUAGGGCAGUCUAUUCUUGAAAGUUAUUCCAGGGUGAUGGAGAGCUUGGCUUUUAACAUAAUGGCCAGGAUCGAUGACGUCCUUUAUGUAGACGAUGCUAUUAAACGAUGUGCAGCUGCAGAUUCUAUCUUGUUUGGUAGGGGAGGCUUUGGUGGUCGGCCUAUUCAGAAGCGAAUGUCUCCCAGUCCCUUCUCAAUUCAACACACCCCAUAUGCCUCUCCUUUUGGAACCGCAUCCUCCUCUCCUGCUAGCGGGAGCUCUUGCAGUCCAAGUAGAACACAUGCUGUCAAGAGGAAUUCCAAGGGAAAAGAUUCAAAGACGGGAAAGUUUUCCCCAGCUGAUUUUGAGAAAGUAUGGUCAUACACGGGAAACCUCAAUGUAAGAAGAGUUUCUGGCGAGGCUCCGGAAAGAAACUGAAUUCUAGUUCGAAUGAUCUAUUAACUUAGAUCCAUAGUGGGUCAUUAGUCAUCUUUCGAUUGUCUUCUAAAAGCACAGAUCAGGCUAAAGCCUUUGGUACAAUUCUCUGUAUAUGAGGGUAUAAUUUUUGUAUAUUCGUAGGCAGUAUUGUAUGAGUAGGUUUAUGAAGAAAAAUUAUGCCCUUGGAUCAUCAAUUAAAAAUGUCUCCUCUCAAGUAUAAAUUUCUGGAGGCUACCCACAAGUUGGUUUUUCUAUAAAACCAAACUCUAGGUAGAAUCCUUGCCCACAA